AUGUCUCGACACUCCGAGUUCCUCAAGACGAAACUGAGUGGCAUCUCCGCCAAGACGUUGGCCCUUGGGGGCAAACAGUACAUCCGAAAGCGGAACGAGCAAAAGAUCAAAUAUGGAGAGGAAUUCACACAUGCGCCCCUUAGUGGGCCGAGGUGCGUUCGGGUCCUGCGGAUUCACCCCGGCGAAGACACCGACUUGGUCGCCUGCGACUUGGUGGAAAUUGACCUGGACCAAGAUCCGCUUCCAGCCUACGAAGCGCUCUCGUAUUCGUGGAAUGAGGAUAUCGAGUUUGAUCUCCUGAAAUCCAACUACACGCGCGAACCCAAGCCCGAUGAAAGGCCGAUCUUGUGCAACGGUCGGACCCGUCAUGUCACCAUGAACCUAUACCAUGCGUUGACGGAAUUCCGUCGCCAGGGUUUCACGACUCCUCUGUGGGCGGACCAG